AUGGCAGUUUGUGUUGCAAAACAAAUAUUAUCUGAAAUGUCAACCAUCGAAUCUCCUCGAAAGUUACUUCGUGCUGUAACUUAUGAUCCAAUGAUUUCGUCCAUGAAAGAUCGUAAACGACUUAUAAGCGAACAAAAUGAAUACUGUUGUUAUACUAAACAACUGAGUAAUGAUGAAAGCUAUGCUAACAAAAGAAAAAAAAAAGAAUUGCCUGUUAAUGACUCAAACAACAACAACAAUCAUCAUGUGCUAUCCGUUUCUUCCUUUUCUUCUUUCGAAAACAAAAUAUUCCAUCCACAAUCGCCUAGUCAUCAAUAUCGCAAAAAUAUUACUUACAUAAAUGACAUAUCAUAUCCACAAUCGACUAUCAUACCUCGACUUUUAACAACAACAACAACAACAACCAAAAAAAUGCUUGUUUGUGAACCAAAACCUGUAAUUGAUAAUAAUAAUGAAAAUCAACAAGAAGACAAAACAAAUUCGUCUAAUUAUAUAACUUCUGCUCAAUUAUCUGCUUAUAUGACAUCUGUAAUUAAUAUACAAAAUGAAAAAAUAUUAAUAAUUGAUUGUGGUCUACCAUUGCGAUAUAAUGAACGUCGUAUAAAAGAAUCAUUUUUAUUAAAUAUUAAUGAUAAAUUAUCUCGAAAACGUUUAAUGAGUCGUGGUUUAAAAAAUUUUCUUAAUGAAAAUCAAUUAAAUCGUUUAAAUCAAUCUGAAAUAAUUAUUCUUUAUGAUGAUUCAAUACAUCCAUCAUCAACAUCAUGUUCAAAUUCAACAAUAACAAAAGAUAUUUCAUCAUCUAUUAAAUGUAUAUUAAAUGAAUUAAAACAAUAUGAUUCAAAUAAAACAAUUUAUAUUCUUCAAUCAUCAUUUGAAGAAUUUUAUCAACAUUAUCCAACAUUUUGUUAUAUUAGUUCAACAAAUUCUAUUUCUAAUAAUGAUAAUACAUCAUCUAUUUUAACAACAGAUAUUGAUUCUUAUACGAUGUCUGAAGUAUUACCCGGUCUUUAUCUUGGUAAUGCAUAUGAUGCACAAAAUAUAAAUUUAUUAAAAGAAAAUAAUAUUAAAUCAAUAAUUAAUAUAUCAAAAUCAAUACCAUGUUAUUAUGAAAAUGAAACAUUAUUUGAUUAUUUUCAAUUACCUUGUAAUGAUUCUGGUCAAGAAAAUAUUCUUCAAUAUUUUGAUAAAACAUUUGAAUAUAUAAAAGACAAAUUAUUUUUAAAUGAAAAUAUUCUUAUUCAUUGUCAAGGUGGAAUAAGUCGUAGUCCAUCAUUUACUAUUGGUUAUUUAAUGAAAUAUCAUUCAAAAACAUUUGAUCAAGCAUAUUCAUUUGUUAAAGAAAAAAGACAAAUAAUUAAUCCAAAUUUAGGUUUUCUUACUCAAUUAACACGUUAUGAACAAAUGAUAACAUCAACUAUGCAGUAA